AUGGCUCCGCACUACAUACUACUUGGGAUCCUCCUCUUGCACACUUCUCCUUGGUGUUCCUUUGCAGCUCCAAAUGGAGACACUCUCACGGCAGGCCAAGCACUCCGUGUUGGCGAAAAGCUUGUCUCAAGAAAUGGCAAGUUCGCACUUGGCUUCUUCCAGUUCCAGCCAGCAAGCACCAUCAGUAAGUCGUCCCAUAAUGCCAUCUCCCCCAGCCCUAGCUUGUGGUACCUUGGCAUAUGGUUCAAUAAGAUCCCAGUUUUUACUGUUGUGUGGGUUGCUAAUAGGGAUGAGCCCAUCACCCACCCCAACCUCAACCAAUCACAGCUCAAGAUCUCAAGUGAUGGCAAUCUUGUCAUCGUAGUAAACCAUUCAAGCUACACUCAAUCUGUAGUUUGGUCCACCCACAUUGUCGAUAAUAGGACACAAACCAGCAGCAUAAACACUACCAUCAGUGCUGCCGUUCUCUUGAACACUGGAAACCUUGCCCUGACAUCCGAACAAAAGAUGUUGUGGGAGAGCUUCGACUACCCAACAGAUGUUGGGCUUCCUGGUGCCAAGUUUGGUCGGAACAAGGUCACUGGUUUAAAUCGCCAGGGCAUCUCCAGAAAGAGCCUCAUUGAUCCAGGUAUCGGCUCAUACAGCCUUGAACUAGUGGAUAUCAGUGGGAUCAUCCUGAAGCGCCGCACCAACCCCUUGGUAGUGUAUUGGCGUUAUGCAUCUUCCGGAGCAUCGGCAUUGAAUCUCUUACCAAUACUCAAGUCACUGUUUGAUUUGGAUCCUCGGACCAAAGAUUUAUUCAGAAAAAUAACAUAUGUUAAUAACAACCAAGAGGAGUACUACAUGUAUACUUUACAGGAUGAAACAUCGUCUUCCGUAUUUGUCUCACUAGACAUCUCCGGUCAGAUCAAGCUGAAUGUCUGGUCGCAAGCCAACCUGUCUUGGCAAAUCAUAUUUGCCCAACCUGAUGAUCCAUGCGAUCCACCUGCUUCCUGUGGACCUUUCACGGUCUGCAGCGGCAAGCCACAUCCAUCCUGUGACUGUAUGGAGAGCUUCUUUGAGAAAUCCCCGCAGGAUUGGGAGUUUGAGGAUCGAACAGGAGGAUGCAUCAGAAAUACGCCGUUAAAUUGCACCAGUGACAAAAACCUCACAAGUUCAACUGACAUAUUCCACCCCAUUACUCCAGUUCAAUUGCCUUAUAACCCGCAAAUCAUAUCCGUUGCUACCAGUCAGAGUAAAUGCGAAGAAGCUUGUCUCAGUUCCUGCUCAUGUACUGCUUAUUCAUAUGGCAGUAGAAUAUGCUCUGUAUGGAGUGGGGAAUUGCUUAGUGUAAUUCUGGUCCAUGGCAUUGAUAAAAAUUCUGGAAAUGUUCUCUACCUUCGCCUUGCCGCCAAAGAAUCGCUGCCAAGUUUGAGAAAGAACAAAACAAAACCAAUCGUUGGAGGUGUUACUGCUGCAAGCAUUUUUGGUUUUGUGUUACUAAUGCUCAUGCUGUUGUUACUGAUUUGGAAGAAAAAAUUCAAGUGGUGUGGUUUUUCUUUAUGUGGCAAUCAAGCUAGUGCUGGUGGAAUUAUAGCCUUCAGAUACACUGAAUUAGCCCGAGCUACCAAAAGUUUCUCAGAAAAGCUGGGAGGAGGUGCUUUUGGGUCUGUAUACAAGGGAGUGUUAAGUGACUCGAAGACUACUAUAGCAGUGAAAAAGCUUGAUGGUGCGAGUCAAGGAGAGAAGCAAUUCAGGGCCGAGGUGAGCUCAGUUGGACUGAUCCAACAUCUUAACCUAGUCAAAUUGAUUGGUUUCUGCUGCGAAGGUGAACACAGAUUACUUGUGUACGAACACAUGUUAAAUGGGUCCCUUGAUGGUCAUCUGUUUAAGAAGAGUAAUAAUGCUACUGUGCUAAGCUGGAACAUGAGAUAUCAGAUAACCCUAGGAGUUGCCAGAGGAUUGUCCUACUUGCAUCAGAGUUGUCACAAAUGCAUCAUACAUUGUGAUAUUAAACCAGAAAACAUACUUGUGGACUCAUCAUUUGUUCCCAAAGUUGCAGAUUUUGGACUGGCAAUCUUUGUGGGAAGGGAUUUUAGCCGAAUUCUGACUUCAUUUCGAGGAACCACAGGUUAUAUUGCCCCAGAGUGGCUUAGCGGAGUUCCUAUCACACCAAAAAUUGAUGUUUACAGCUUCGGCAUGGUGUUAUUGGAAAUUAUAUCAGGAAGGAGGAAUUCCUCAGUAGAAACAUCGCAGAAUACUAGCAGCAGCAGCAGUUACAAGCAUGAGGAAUAUUUCCCCGUUCAAGCCAUCAGCAAGCUUCACAGCGGAGAUGUGGGGAGUUUGGUGGAUCCACAGUUACAUAGUGACUUCAGUUUGGAAGAGGCUGAAAGGGUUUGCAAAGUUGCAUGUUGGUGCAUCCAAGACAGUGAGUUUGAUCGGCCCACGAUGGGUGAAAUUGUCCGGGUUCUCGAGGGUCUACGGGAGAUCUAUAUGCCCCCUAUGCCAAGAUUCCUUGCAGCUAUAACGGAAUAA